AUGUUGAUUGCAGAGUAUGGUCAUCGUGAUUCUGAGUGGAUGCCCCUUUCAGGAAGGAAAUAUAACGGCAAUAGUCUUUGGGGAUAUAUCGUCAAGACUUGGACCACCAUUCACCCUCUUCUUGAUUUUAAAUUGGAAAAUGGAAAAAUGAUCCACUUUUGUCUCGACUCCUGGCUCCCCAAUGGUAAGCUUGCAAUCUCUUUUCACGACCUUUUCUCGGCUUCCAUCCGAAAAGAUAUUAAGAUUGCAUAUUUAUAUGCAUCAUCCAGCGAUCAAAACUCUUGGAGGAUUCUAUCUCGUUUCUCAACGACGGAUAGUCCGAGGGCUGACUUACUUAGAGGUCUUCUCUCUGAGGUUACUAUUGAUCCAUUGAUCCACGACUCCUUAAAUCUCAUUGGCUCUCCAAAAUUGGAGGUUAGUCAUAUUUACUCUUCCCUCAAAAACAUUAAUCCAUCUUCUUUCCCUUGGAAGGAAUUAUGGAAAAUUAAGUUACCGUCGAGAAUCACAUUAUUCGCAUGGGAAGCCAUUCACGGUGGCAUCCUUACACAAGACAAACUCAAGAAUAAGGGAUUCCGUUUGGCAAAUAGAUGUGUUAUUUGUGAAAGUUUCGAGGAGACAAUCAACCAUCUUCUCUUGGAUUGUCAUAUGGCAAAGGAAAUUUGGUCCCUUAUCCAAAAUAUCAUUAAUCUUCAAUGGGAGAUGCCAUUAAUUAUGGGGGAAUGUUGGAAAAAAUAG